AUGUUCCUGGUGAAGGGGCUGCUGGGGGGCGGGGGCGGGGGAGGGGCGGGGGGGGCCCUCCCGGGGGGCAUCGGCUCCGUCCUGGGGGGGCUCCUGAGCGGGGGAGGGGGCGGCGGCGCCGGGGGGGGGGGGGACAUUGGGGGGAUUGGGGGGAUUGGGGACAAUGGGGGGAUUGGGGUCCUGGGGGGCGUCAUCAGCGCCAUCAGCGAAGCCGCCGCCCACUACAACCCUGAGCCCCCUCCCCCCCGUGCCCACAUCUCCACGGUCGAUGCCAACGAGAGCGAGGAGGUUCGGCAGUUCCGGCGCCUCUACCAGCUGGCCGGGGAGGACAUGGAGGUGAGCCCCACCGAGCUCAUGAACAUCCUCAACAGGGUCGUCACCCGCCAUCCCGACCUGAAGACGGACGGGUUCGGGCUGGACACGUGCCGGAGCAUGGUGGCCGUCAUGGACAGCGACACCACCGGGAAAUUGGGGUUCGAGGAGUUCAAGUACCUCUGGAACAACAUCAAGAAGUGGCAGUGCGUGUACAAACAAUUCGACACCGAUCGCUCGGGGACCAUCGGGCCCCAGGAGCUGCCCGGGGCCUUCGAGGCCGCAGGGUUCCGGCUGCCCCCCCCCCUCUGGGCGGUUUUGGGGCGUCGCUAUGGGGACGAGGGGGGGAACCUGGACUUCGACAACUUCAUCAGCUGCCUCGUGCGCCUGGACGCCAUGUUCCGUGCCUUCAAGUCCCUGGACCGGGACGGGUCGGGGCAGAUCCGCGUCAGCCUCCAGGAGUGGCUCCAGCUCACCAUGUACUCGUGAGGGGACCCCCAGGGCCUUCCAGAACCUUCCAGGACACCCCAAAACCUCCUCGGACACUCCAGGACACCCCCAAAAACCUCCCUGGACCCCCCCCUACCCCACAACUGCACCCCCGGCCCCCCCCCAAAAUCUGCACCCCAAAUAAAAACCCCCCGAACCUCAA